AUGACCGCGGAAAUCAGCGCAUCCACACAGUACUAUCUGUCCACCACCGUUUCAGAGGAGAUGCGACCAAAGAGGGAGCAAGUGGAUGUGCGCGUGCCCCCAAAUGGUGUCGAAGAUAUCGCAAGGUAUGACAGUUCCUUUUCCCAAAGACGAAUGCUUCCACGAUGCAUUCAGCGUACGUUCUGCGAGUUGGAUUCACAAGCGACCAGACGACUAGUUUCAGAUAUGCUUGAAUCCACCGCCCCGGGAGCUGCACAUAGCCACGCAUUAGAGUAUGGCCAACGGCUUCCGGUUUCCUCCAUCCAUGCCAUGGAUACUUUGAAGCCAGCAAGCCGUUGCCAGCCAAUUCGUCCGUACUGUGACUUUGACCGACUGAUCCCUGUGCCCUUGCGAUUCAUGUCGAGUGCUCCCACUAGCGUCAUCCAUGAUUCACCACUUUCAGAGUUUGCGCUGCAUUGCUACAAAUUGUCGACAUACGCAUGUCAUUUCAGUGAGGCCUUUGCAACACACUCACGGAAAGAACUGGCCCCCUCCCCGUGGAAGCCAUAA